CCGUCAACCAUCCAUAACCAUGACUCUUGUUUACCCGUCACUAAUCAUCCAUCCUAAACUAAACCACAACUAAAACCAUCGAUACACUGAAAUGUGCCGAGAUAUGAAAUAAUUGUUAUUAUUUAUUCCUAAAUUGUACGUUGUUGAUGUGCUAUAUGAUCAAUGAAUAUAAUAUGCGAUGUCUUCAUUUUAAGUGGAAAAUAAAUUUGUAUUAGUAACGUUGAUACGCCUACUUUCAAAAAAAGUAUUACUAAAGUAAAUAAAAAUGAGUUUCCUUGGUUUUGGGCAAACUGCGGAUAUUGACAUAGUUCUAGAUGGAUCCGAGUCUAGAAAAAUGGCUGAAAUUAAAACAGAAGAUGGUAAAAAAGAACGACAUUAUGUUUAUUAUGAUGGAGAAUCAGUUUCAGGGAAAAUUAAUGUCACUUUAAAGAAGCCAGGUGUUAAAUUGGAGCAUCAAGGGAUUAAGGUUGAAUUUCUUGGUCAAAUCGAGCUUUAUUAUGACAAAGGGAAUCAUCAUGAAUUUACAUCUUUGGUGAAAGAUCUUGCUAGACCUGGUGAACUAUGUCAAAACAUAACAUAUACUUUUGAAUUUGUAAAUGUAGAAAAAUCAUUUGAGUCAUAUACUGGAGCUAAUGUACGAUUAAGGUAUUUUCUGCGAGUUACAGUUGUUCGAAGACUAACAGAUAUAGUUAAAGAGAUGGAAAUCAUUGUUCACACCUUAUCUUCUUAUCCUGAGAUAAACUCUCCUAUAAAAAUGGAAGUGGGAAUUGAAGAUUGUCUUCACAUUGAAUUUGAAUACAAUAAAUCAAAGUACCACUUAAAAGAUGUUAUUGUGGGAAAGAUUUAUUUCCUCUUGGUUCGAAUAAAAAUUAGGCAUAUGGAAAUAGCUAUAUUCAAGCGUGAAACUACUGGUUCUGGUCCAAAUUCCUACAGUGAUAAUGAGACAGUAGCUAAAUAUGAAAUAAUGGAUGGUGCUCCUGUAAGAGGGGAAAGUAUACCAAUUCGAGUUUUCCUAGCUGGUUAUGAUUUAACGCCGACUAUGAAAGACAUCAAUAAAAAGUUUUCUGUGCGAUAUUAUUUAAAUCUAGUCCUGGUUGACGAAGAAGAUCGAAGAUAUUUUAAGCAACAGGAAAUUGUUUUAUGGCGAAAAGGGGAGGUGACUAGAAAAACUAUUCAACAAUCAGUUCCAGCUGAAUCUAAGUAGUAUGAGUUUCUGUCUUGUUUAUCAUGCUGUAAAAAUUUCUAUGGACCAAUGAGUGAAUUGAUGCAUUUAAAUGCUCAGUUUUCUUCAACGUCCAACCUAAUAUGCCUUUGGGCUUCUUCGGAAUGGAAGUUAUUCAGCCAUUACGGCAAACUUGAUGAUCACUCUUAAUAUGUGUAUUCAAUAUUAAAAAUACUUCCAGUAAAAUUAUUUUCUCCAUUGUUUUGUUUACAAAAACUUGAAAUGGAGAAUAAGAUAAAGUGAAUAUUUUGUUUUGAUAAAAGUUUGAUUGAAACUAAGAAAUAUAUAAUUUUUUAUUAUACAAGUUUUAAUUCAUUUAUUAACUUUUUAAAUUAUAUUUUGUCUUUUAGAUCUGUAAGUCUUUUUAUAGAAAUGUGUAAUAAUUAUCUGAGUAAUAAUUAUUUAUGGGGAAAUAAUUUUGCGCUGUUUAGAUUAUAUUGAGCUACAUUAAAACUUUUUUUAAAAAAUGCAAUAUUUUGUGUUGCUGUAUAAAUAAAGUCCCUAUAGUGUGCGUUAUGUUUCCCUGAAACUUCUUUCAUUAUCAGCAAUAACAAAAAUGUAAGAUGAAGUAGAACAGUUUAAAUGCCUUUUUCUUAAAACUAUACUUUUUGCCCUUUGUUUGACGUGACUCAAACCAUCUUUUUAUUCUUUUCUUGCAUUGUUUAAACUAUGACUCUUGAUGAAAAGAGGCUUUAAAAAUUAUAAAAAUGUGAGUUAUUAAUUUUUUCUGCUAUAAAUUUGCAAUAAAAUACUUAUAAAAUAUCUAAUAAUGUAAAAGCAAAUAACUAUAUAACUGCAUAUCAUAUAACUAUGUCUUAGACAAUAUGAUUUUGAAUAAUGCAAAAAAAUUAUUAGAAGUUUUGCAAAGGUCUUGGAUAAUAUUUUGGCUGCUUCUUUUUUUUCUUAUAUCUGUAUAAUAAUUUUAAACAAUAAGAAAUUGUUUCAGGGACUAUUAACGCCAUAAGGGUUCAAGUAAUACAAGUUGUUAAAAAUAUUUUUAUUAGUAUUGUGGAGGGGGGAGGUGAUUAGAAUUGUCUGAAUUUUCAUAUUCAUAUAUUAUUGAUAUUUCACAUUUGUUACAUUCCACUAUUGACUUUUUCUAUAUGAAUUAAUUUCCUGUCAGUUUCAUUCCUCUAGUAUAUAUCUAUAAUUAAUUGCAUGCCUUAAUAACUAAUAAAUUGCAAUGAACUGUUUAUUGCUAUAGAGCUUUAUUAAAAAUUUACUGUCAGAUUUAAAAAAAUUUAUUUUUAUUCCAUUAUCUAUAUAGUAUUUGUUUCUAGUAGUGAAUAUGUAAAGGUUUUGAAUGUCUGGUAAAAAAAAUUAUCAAUUAUAUUUUUCUCAUUGUUUGUAGAGUUGAUAUUUUAUGUGCCAUUUUAAUAAAAGUAUUUUGCCCUUUUUUAUAAAAAAAAUAAUAGUAAUAUGUGGGUGUCUUUCUUUUUUUUUUUUUUUUUUUUUUUUUUUUUUUUUUNUUUUUUUUUUUUUUUUAUAUAUAUAUAGUUAUGGGUCUAAUUUUAGAAAUAUGAAUAUGUAAGAAAUCAGCAUUGAUCAGUUUAUUAUUUUCUAAUUUUUUUUAAACAUUUUCUAAUAAAAGUAACUAUAAAUAAUGAAUCAAUUUUAUAAUAUAUAAUUUAUUUCACAAUUAUAUUUAUACAAUAGUUUAUUGAGUGUUACACUUUGACUCUCUAAUGUAAAUUUUUACGUUUUUAUUUUAAACAGGUUUUUUUUUUUCAAACAGAAGUAUCAUUCCUAUAAAUAUGAUUUCAUACUUAGACAUAUUUAUACAAAAUUUGUGGAAUUUUUAUAAUUGUACUAAACCUGUAAUUUUUUAUAGUAAAUCAAUUGAGACUUUAACUUGUUAUAAAUUUGUUUACUUAAUUAUGAAAAUAAGUCAGACUAAAUAAUGCAUGAUUUAUGUCAAAAAAAAGUUAUUUUAAUGAUAAAAUAUCAAAACAAAAAUCAUUUUUUUAUGAAUGAUAUGGUUGCCUUUCUCAUAUUUGGUGAAAACCAAAGAACAUUGUUUUGUAUGAAAUUUUAGUGUGAUCCUGCAAAUUUGUAGAUGAUAAAUAGAUAUGUAAAAAGCACACAACUGUAAAAUGAAUUAUUUAGUAAGUAUAAAAAUGUUUUAUUAACAAAAAUGUUAAAUAUUGUUGAUUGAAAUUAAAGUUGUCCAUUGUUGUCAAUUUUA